AUGAAACUAAACCCGAAGAAGUGCGUCUUCGGGGUAAAGUCAGGGAAGUUCCUCGGAUUCAUGGUGAGCGAAAGGGGAAUAGACGCGAACCCGGACAAGGUCCAGGCUGCGCUAGAUCUUCCCGAACCGAAGACAAAAAGGGACGUGCAAAGGCUAACGGGCAGGUUAGCCGCACUGUCAAGAUUCAUAUCGAAGGCUUCGGAUAAAGGGGCACCCUUCUUCAAAGCUCUCAAACCCAAGACCCUCCCAGGAGGAGAAGCGGAACCCAUCAAAAAGAAAGGCGUCCCGAGGAAGGUAGACCCCGAGCUGACAUGGGGACAAGAGCAAAGAGACGCGUUCCAACAGCUCAGGGCUUACCUAGCUCAACUGCCGACGCUAGCCAGGCCCAAAGAGGGGGAAACUCUGUACUUAUACGUCGCAAUCAGCCCCGGGACCGUAAGCGCAGUGCUCCUCCGAGAAGAAGAAAAGAAGCAACAGCCAAUCUACUUUACCAGCCGAACCCUGACGGAUGCCGAAACUCGGUACCCACUCAUUGAGAAGGUAGCAUACGUAGUGGUAGUAGCAGCUCAGAAAUUAAGGCCCUAUUUUGACUCCCAUCAAAUAUUGGUGCUAACUGACCAGCCACUGGAGAAAGUGCUAGACAAGAUAGAAAGGUCGGGAAGAUUGGCUGCUUGGGCUUUCGAGUUGUCUGAGUUCGGGAUCAAGUAUCAGCCGAGGACGGCCAUCAAAGCACAGGCACUCGCAGACUUCUUGGCCGAAUGCUCAUAUCAAGAGGUGCUAGAUGACACCAAGAGAACAUGGGAGGUCUAUACUGACGGAUCCUCCACAGUGAACGGCUCGGGAGCCGGAGUAGUGCUGAUACCCCCAGUGGGAAAAAGUAUAGAGGCACUGACACACAAGGCACUAAGGGCCGGAUUUUGGUGGCCCACCAUGGUUUCCGAAGCAAAGGCGCUGACAAGAAAAUGCGAGAAGUGCCAAAAGUUCGCACCUGCAAUCCACCAGCCAGCCCAAACCCUGCAAGCAACACUCUACCCCUUACCAUUUGCACAAUGGGGUUUGGAUAUCAUUGGUCCAUUCCCUUCGGCUGUGAAUCAGAAGAAGUGGCUGAUUGUGGGGGUUGACUACUUCAGUAAGUGGAUUCAGGCCGAAGCAGUCUCUUCCAUCACGGAGCAGCAGGUCUGCAAGUUCAUUUGGCAAAAUAUCAUCACAAGGUUCGGAAUACCGAGGCUACUGGUCUUCGACCAUGGGAAGCAAUUCGACAACACACCACUGCAAAGAUGGUGCAAACAGUUCGGUAUCCACCUCGUCUACUCAGCAGUGUGCCAUCCUCAGAGCAACGGCCAAGCCGAAGCCGCAAACAAGCUCAUCCUUAAUGCACUCAAGAAGAGAGUCGAGGACGAAAAAAGCAAAUGGCUAGAGCAGCUCCCAGGAACACUCUGGUCCCUUCGGACCACCGAAAAGGAAGCCACAGGACAAACGCCCUUCCACCUGGUUUACGGCUCUGAGGCUGUCAUCCCUGUAGAGAUCGGGACAUAA